AUGGGACGACAGUGGUGUGCCCAGAAACCUCUGGACCUAGAGCGCAAAAGCCUUGGAACAUCAUUAUGUAAGACGCCUGCCUGUGGAACAGGCUGUGAGUGGCUGCUCUUCCAUUCCUCACAGCCAUUUUUUACGAGGGAUGCUGUCCGCACCAACUUGGCUACUGGAAGCCCCAGUAGUAAAGUGAAAUAUUCAAGGCUCUCCAGCAGAGACGAUGGCUACAUUGACCUUCAGUUUAAGAAGAGCCCUCCAAAGAUCCCUUACAAGGCCAUUGCACUUGCCACUGUGCUGUUUUUGAUUAGCACCUUUCUCAUUAUUAUAGGCUCCCUCCUGCUCUCAGGCUACGUCAGCAAAGUGGGGGCAGGCCAGGCCGUUCCAGUCCUGAUCAUUGGCAUUCUGGUGUUCCUACCCGGAUUUUACCACCUGUGCAUCGCUUUCUGUGCAGCCAAAGCCUACCACGGUUACUCCUAUGAUGACAUUCCAGACUUUGCUGACUGGCACCCACCUCAUAUCUGAGAAGAGUCACAGUGGGACUGCCCCAGCUUUAAGACACCGAGCAGAAACUCUAGAUAAGGGCUAAGGAAUUCUGCAGCUUGUGGAUGUUUAAGAAAACAA